UAAAGUUACUCUCUAUGGCCGAUCGCGAGCCGCAAUCCACCAGUCUUCCAGUCGGCAGUUUCUUCAAAGCAUUUCCUCGCCUUCUCGUAGUCAGUGAACCCUGCGUCUGAGCUUAAAACUUAAAUCCACAUCGCAUAUGUCCGGACAUUCCCUCUCUGAGAUUUGAAUCCCCGAACGGAGCUAUGAAUCUCUUUCUAAUAUUGACGACGGUUUCGCAAUUGGUGCUAGUAGUACUGGCACAGAUCCCACCAUCAAGUGACAGCGAAGAUGGAGUUGCUGGGAUCCACCUGGUAAUGAAGACGGAGGAGGGUGCAGUGCUACUCCGGCGUCCAGUUCGUGGGGCUGUGGAGGAGGAGGCACCGGCCACUCCCGUCACCAACGGGAAUGGAGACACCCACCGGCUGAGGAACAACCGCAAGAGGAAUAGGUCUCAGGACCACAAACCGGGCAACAAGAAGCCUCUUGCUGCGGAGAAUGCCAGUGCACCGCCUCCGCACUCGCAUCCAAAGCACAAGCAAGGACACAAGAAUGCGGAGAAGCCACCUCGACAGGGAAACAAGAAGCAGCAGCAACAGCACGGCCAUCAGCAUCAGCUCCACCAUGGAGCAGGCAAGAGAGCAGGACCCACGCCGAGAACGCAGAAUAAUGGCUCCACUUGUCGAUACGCCAAGAGCGCUUGGUCCAACUGCGACGCCAAGACCAACAUUCGCACCCGAGUCCUGUCCCUGAAGAAGGGGGAGCAGAACUGCUUGCCCACACGGACCAUACAGAAGAAGUGCAAGAAAGGCUGCCGCUAUGAGAAGGGCGCUUGGUCGCCAUGCAACGCCGGACAAAUGACCAGGGAGGACAAGGUCCAGCCGGAGGCAGUCGGCGGCAGUGACCAGAACUGCGAUCCUGUGCGCACCGUUAACAAGAAGUGCAAGGCCAAUGGCAGCGCUGGAGCCGGAAAACAACACGGACCGAACCUUUCCACAAAGGAUAGGAAGCAGAAGGAGAAAGCUGCUCGUCGCAUUUCGUCGCACGAUUAAUUAACAUUGUAAUUAAGCAUUUUAUGCACUGAAAACAGAUGCAUUGCAUUUUAUAAGUGGUUUAGAUGGUAGAUCCUACAUUUUUGUAAAAACAAUCCAAUCCAAACAUCAGA